CAUGAGAGAAGAUGAGAUCAGGGGCUCUGGAGACUGGGAAUGGGCUGGGCUGGGUGGAGCUCAGAUGAACUGACCAGCUUCAUGUAUAAAAGCCUCAGUCUCACAUCCUGCCGUGACUCAGCUUUGUUCAAAACUACAGACACACGGACCAGAAGAAGAGGAAGAUACACAAGUUAAUCAUUCCAAAAAAGUACAAGGAUUAGAGGCAGAACCAUGAGUCACUCUUCAUAUCGCACCACUUAUCACCGCACUUUUGGGCCGCCCGUCUAUAGCCCUGUGUCCAGUCGUGUGGGAGGCCGCUACAUCUCCUCUUCCAUGCCCACCCGCACUGUGGACUUCAGGAGUCGCUCCAGCGGUCCAGCCCCACGUCUCUCUUAUGAUAAGGUGGACUUCUCGCUGGCAGAGGCUGUCAACCAGGAGUUCCUGACCACGCGCAGCAAUGAGAAAAGAGAACUGCAGGAACUCAACGAUCGCUUCGCCAGCUUCAUAGAGAAGGUGCGCUAUUUGGAGCAGCAGAACUCGAGGCUGACUCAGGAGUUGGGUCAGUACAAGGAGAAGGAGCAGCAGCAAGGGCCGUCGGGCCGCGUCAACGAGCUGUGCCAGCAGGAGAUGAGAGAGCUGCGCAGACAGCUGGAACUGAUGGGCAACGAUCGAGACCAGACGCAGGUGGAGAGAGACAACCUGGCCGAAGAUGUGGCCCUGCUCAAGCAGAGGUUGAAUGAAGAGAUGCAGAAAAGACAGGAAGCUGAAAAUAAUCUGACUCUCUUUCGUAAGGAUGUGGAUAAUGCCACCCUUGCCCGUCUGGAGCUGGAGAGGAAGAUUGAGUCUCUGAUGGAUGAGAUUGAGUUCCUCAAGAAAAUGCAUGAUGAGGAAAUUCAGGAUGUACAGGUGAGUGUUCAGAAUCAGCAGAUGAAGAUGGAGGUGAUGGAGACAUCCAGCCGCCCUGAUCUGACCGCAGCACUUCGAGACAUCAGAGCUCAGUAUGAGAACAUCGCCUCCAAAAACAUGCAGGAAUCUGAGGAGUGGUACAAGUCCAAGUUUGCAGACCUGACCGAUUCAGCCAAGCGCAAUGCUGAAGCCAUGAGACAGGCUAAACAAGAGACCAAUGACAUGAGGAGGCAAAUUCAAGCCCAGAGCUGUGACAUUGAUUCUCUCAAGAGCACUAAUGAGGCUCUACUGAGGCAAAUGAGAGAAAUGGAAGAGCAGUUUUCUGCAGAGGCCGGAAAUUAUCAAGAUGCUGCGGCGCGUCUAGAAGAGGAGAUACGGCACCUGAAAGAGGAGAUGUCACGCCAUCUGCGGGAAUAUCAGGAUCUGCUCAAUGUCAAGAUGGCCCUGGACAUCGAGAUCGCCACCUACAGGAAACUUCUGGAGGGAGAGGAAAACCGAAUUGUGGUUCCUAUCAUGAAAAUGCCUUCAAUGAGUGGACAUGGUGGUGAUUAUGGUCAAUUUUCUGAUACUGGACCUAAGAAAGUCGUAAUCAAGACUGUGGAGAUUCGUGAUGGGGAGGUGGUGAAAGAAUCUACAAAGGAAAAGAACAGAGAUGAGAAGAAAGAUUGACAUGGUCAAGGAGUGUCUGACAGAGAUUAGAGCGUGCAGAUAAAUGCUUGAGUUAUUAAUUGUGUGUUGCAAAAGGGGCUCUAAGAGUAAAAUUUAGGCACACGUUGUUUACAGUGAUGCUAGCAUUGUAGUGAAUAAUCAGCAAAUGUUUGACUCAGUAUUGUGUAUAUGAUGGUGCUAUUAUUAACAUAUAUGAGCAUAACACGACUGCCUUAUCUAAAUAAAUCAUGUGCGUAGACCUAAAUAGUCACACACACAAAAGCCUCGUUCAGACCGUCAGUCCAAAUCCGAUUUUUAUUCAGCAAGUCUGAACACCCAAAAACCGUUUCGAGGUACAUUCAUAUGUGGUUUGGAAUCCUAUUCAAACAUGCCAUAAGUCACUGCAGAAACAAGGCUGUUGCAAAGAGCCAGAUGAGCAGAAAUGUUUAGAGACCAGCGGAGACGACAGCAUGAAAUAAAGCCGCUCAUACCUGCCUCCUAUGUUUCUGCCGUUGCCUCAUCAUAACGCAAUAGUCCAGCAUCGUCGGCUACGCAACAACAUUGCCGUAGAAACCAAAGCAGAUAUUCCGGAAAACAAAAAAAGCGCCAUGGACACACAAAUUGGAUCUGAACUGAUACACAGUGUGGACAUUAACAUUUUUAUAUCAGAUUCCAGUCCGAUACACAAAUAAUCGGAUUUGGACUGACAGUCUGAACGAGGAUUUAGAAACUCCAAAAACAAUAUGUCAUGAGUUCACGUCAAUAUAAUCUUCAAAUAAAAGUAAAUGUAAACCGA